GUCCACAUUGUGCCUGGUUCAGUUGAUGUUCACUUGUUAGCUCACCCGCUGUCGCCAAACACGAAGCUUAACACUCCAACAUCAUCACUGUUUACUUCUUCUCUCCUUUGUAUCAUUUCCUAUUUGCCAUUUUCCUUCCUCUUUGCGAUACCUCUGUGACAAACCUACAGUAUCCUAUUCAACAGGGCAUCAUGUCCACCAAACAGCUCGUCAAGGCGGUUGCCGAGGCCAUCAAGAAACAGCAGUGGGACGACGCCAUCGAGGGCGCAAAGAACAUCAUCGACAAGGACAGCAAGAGUUACCAGGGCCACAUCCUCCUGGCCUUUGCUCUCGACAAGAAGGGGAGGCUGGAAGAAGCAGAUAACACGUACCUCGCCGCCACCAGACUCAAGCCAGAAGAGAAGGAAGCGUGGCAGGGCCUUGUCAAGCUGUAUCCCAACCUCGACACCUCCAAGAAGUUCAAGCAACACCAGCAUGCCGUCCUCAAGCUCGCCGAGAUCUUCAGAGACGCGAAUGACCUUCAGAAAUGCUACGAGACCGUCGACAGCUUCAUCACCUAUGCGCGCACCAAGGCCGAGUCAUACCAGUACGUCGACGCCCUCGACCUAAUAUUGCCCGAAUCCCCCAUCUACGAGGCCAUCGAGGGACGCUUCGGCCAUGUAUGGAGGACAUACGAGACACAGGCCAAGCUAGUCGAGCAAAAUGAGAAGAAGCGCAUCAACACCCUGAUUGGUGAGAGGAGGACGCGCAUCGGCGCAAGAAUCAACGAGGUCACCCUAGAGGUCAAGAGGGAGGUCUACAGACAGAGCAGGCUGAGCUACACCUAUGCGCAGCUCAUCAACUGGACCAACGACGAUGAAGUGCGCCGCAUGUACGAGGAAAAGCUGAUCCAAUACUGCCACGACCGUCUGAUGGCCUGGCCUCCAGGAGAGGAGAAGGAGCGAGAACUGGCCAACGUCCUGAAGCUCGCCAACGACAUGGUCAUCAUCAAGCACCCCUACAAGCUGGCCUGGGAUAUCGCAAUCAACUGGCAGGACCACAAGGAGAUCAAGGAGUGGGAUGUCACGGUGCUGAGACAGUACUGCACUUUCUUCCCAGAUAGUGACCUCAACAGGGUCGUCAUGGGUUUCUUGACCAGCAGCGUGUCUCCCUUCCCGCAGGAGAAGCAGGAACAGACAGAGGACGCGGCGGCCAUAAGUGAGGGUAGCACGGAAGAGAGUGAGGACGACGAGGAUGGAGGCGCGGCGACGAUAUACGCUCCCAUCACCGAGGAGGACCGUCUUCUUAUGAUGACAGAGGGUAUUAGCGGUGCCGAGUCCUUGCUGGCGUUCAGACUGAUGGGCGAAUAUUAUCAGCAUCUUGAGGAGUGGGAGAGCAAUGUUGAGCUGAUGCGCAAGGCGUUGACGUUCCUGAAGGAGGAGCGGGCCAAGACUGGUCUGGAUUUCCGCUUCACCGAGGACGCCUUUUCCCUUUAUCUCGGCACUGCUUUGGUCUUUUACCAGACUCCCCGCAACCACCAGGAAGCCAAGGCUCUUUUCGAUGGCGUGCUCGCUCACGACCCUACCUCUACUCCUGCCAUGAUUGGUGUCGGCCUCAUCUACGAGGAGGAGGAGGAGUACGACGAAGCUAUUGACUUCCUCGAACGGGCAUUGAAGCGUGACCCCGAUAAUAUCCGUGUCAGGACAGAGGCUGCCUGGGUCAAAGCACUCAAAGGAGACUUUGACAUGGCGAGGGCUGAGCUUGACGCCUGCAUCCCCAUCCUCUCCAAAAAGGGCCAGUCCAAGGAACUCCUUUCACAAACUCAGUACCGUCUUGGCUACUGCAUCUGGAACAUUGACCCCUCCAAGGCUGCCCGAAAGGACCGGUCUGGAGCUUACGCCUUGUUCCUGGAGUCCCUCAAAAACAACCUCAACUACGCCCCGGCUUACACCAUCCUGGGUAUCUACUACGCCGACUACGCCAAGGACAAGAAGAGAGCGCGCAGGUGUUUCCAAAAGGCGGUGGAGCUUUCGCCGUCUGAGGUCGAGUCUGCUGAACGGCUAGCUAGAUCCUUUGCCGAUGACGGAGACUGGGACCGCGUCGAGCUGGUCGCCCAAAGAGUCGUCGACUCCGGCAAAGUCAAGCCACCACCUGGCUCCAAGCGCAAGGGUAUAAGCUGGCCUUUUGCCGCUCUGGGUGUGGCCGAGCUCAACAAGCAAGAGUUUCACAAGGCUAUUGUGUCUUUCCAGUCAGCAUUGCGUAUUUCUCCCAAUGAUUACCAUUCCUGGGUGGGCUUGGGUGAGGCAUACCACAGCUCGGGUCGCUACAUUGCCGCUACCAAGGCUAUCCUGAAUGCCCAGAAGCUAGAGGAAUCAUCUGAAGCAAACCUCACCGGGGAGACGUGGUUCACAAAGUUCAUUCUGGCCGAUAUUAAGCGCGAGCUGGGUGAGUUUGAUGAGUCCAUCGAGCUUUAUCAACAUGUCAUCAAUGACCGACCAGACGAAGAAGGCGUCGCCACUGCUUUGAUGCAGACGCUCGUCGACAACGCCUUUGACAGUCUUAACAAGGGCUUCUUUGGCAAGGCUGCUGGUCUGGCCACCGAGACACUCACCUUCGCCACCAAGGCUCCCGACGCCAUCAAGGAGACCUUCAACUACUGGAAGGCCAUUGGUGAUGCUUGCUCCCUCUUUUCCAACAUCCAAGGCCGCAUCUCCGAGUUCCCCGCUGAAACCGUCCGUUCGCUCCUCGGUACCGACGACGACUUCCCCGCGUAUCAGAUCCUCAAGGAUAUUGACAAUGUCGGCACCGGCAUCGUCUCCACCGACGGCAUUUUCCCUCAAGACGAAACCGUGGGUGUAGACUUGACCAAGGCCCUCCAGGCCACCAUUCUCGCCCAUAAGCGCUCCAUCCAUAUCGCUAGCAACGAUAUCCACGCGCAAUCCGUGGCCUACUACAACCUUGGCUGGGCUGAAUACCGCGCUCACGCCUGUCUGCCCCCGGACAUCCGUAAGAACAGCCACAAGAAGCCCACAAACUAUAUCAAGGCCGCCAUGGCCUGCUUCAAGCGCGCCAUCGAGCUCGAGGCCGGCAACUCUGAGUUCUGGAACGCUUUGGGUGUUGUGACCUCCGAAGUCAAUCCAGCCGUCGCCCAGCACGCCUUCUGCCGCUCGCUCUUCCUCAAUGAGCGUGGCGCCCAUGUCUGGGCCAACCUGGCCACUUUGGCUUUGGCUCAGGGCGACCUCCAGCUCGCCAACGAGGCAUUUACGCGAUCCCAGUCGACCGACCCGGAUUACUCGCUCGCUUGGCUAGGACAGGGCAUCGUAGCGCUGUUGACAGGAAACGAAAAGGAUGCGAGGGGCUUGUUUACGCAUGCCAUGGAGAUCUCUGGCGAUUCGUCGCGUGUUAUUUCCCAGAGAUACGCCGUCUCCAUGUUCGACUACAUCCUUUCCUCCUCCUCCUCCGAGUUCUUACCCAUCACCUCCCUAAUCCAACCCAUCUUCGCCCUCAGCCAACUCCAAUCCCUCCACUCCUCCGCCUCCUCCUCCUCUGACCUGGCCUACACCCACCUCCUGGCCCUCUUCCUCGAGCGCACCGGCGAAAUCACCCGCGCCAUCUCCACCCUCGACUCCCUCUCCACCACUCUCGAGCAAGAAUACGAAACCACCGAGUCCCCCCUGGCCCUCAAACACUUCGCCAUCGUAAAAUCCAACAUCGCCCGCCUCCAGCUAUCCGCGCGUCUGUUCAGCGAAGCAAUCGACUCCGCCGACCUCGCACUCCAACUCUCAAGCGACGAGUCCGCCGACGAACUCACAGCCGAAGAGCGCCGCAAGCUGCGUCUCUCCGCGCACGUCACCCUGGGUCUAGCGAAAUACUACUCCCACGACAUCAGCGCCGCAGUCGCAGCCUUCGACCAAGCCCUCUCCGAGUCUGACACCAAUCCGGACGUCGCCUGCCUUUUGGCUCAGAUCCUCUGGGCCACUGGCCAAGAAGACGCGCGAGAACGGGGACGGGAUCUCUUGUUUGGUGUGAUUGCGGAGGAAAAGCAGGAACAGCAUGUCCAAUCCGUUUUGCUCCUGGGCGUGAUUGCCCUGCUAGAUAACGACGCGGAAUCAAUGGAUGCCGUGGUAGCCGAGCUGCAGACUCUCCGCUCUUCUGACGAGGGAAUCUCACCUGAACAACAGGCGCAGCUGGGUGAAGUUUUGCGAGCUAUCCUCACGGCCCUCGGCUCGGGAGACGCACAGCCGAUGACGGAUGUCAUGCUUCAUCCGUUCUUGCCGCAUGGUUGGUCCAGAGUUGCUCAGCUCGCUAGCACACUUGGUGAAGAGAAAGAAGCGGGACAGAUAAGCGAGGGAGCAAGUGAGAUGGCGCUGAGAGUAGCGAGGAAGGGCGUCCCGCCGAGGGGAGAGCUCAGUCCGGAAGACCUGGCGAGGGCGUAUGCGGGCACGGGAAGACCGGCGGAUGCGCAGGUUGGUUGUGUGGUUGCGCCUUGGGAGAAGAGCGGGUGGGAGAGUUUGGGGGAUGCGGUGGUUGUUGGUAAGGCGGAGCACUAGAAGUGUGGGCAGGAAGAUGGAGAGGAAGAUGGAGAGGAAGAUGAUGCUUCUUCUACCCCUUGCUUCACCCCCUCCUCCGCAUCCUCCGCCUCCGCCGCCGCCGCCGCCGCCGCCGACAGCGAACCCGUCUCCAUGUCUCAAGCCCGAGCCUAAGCACACAAUGUAGGGGAACCGAGAUGAGACCCCGCAUGUCGUCGUUGAUGUCCUUUCGCUCAUUGCCUACCUACCAACCCUAGGAGGGAAAGCGAGGGAUACCUAUCGUGUGUGUUAAGUCAGAGGGUGUUUGAUUUUGAUUUGUAGCGUAGUGUAGUAGCUCUGGGUAUAUCUGGUAACUAGACUAGUAGCUCUAGUGGCGGUGUAUCUUCAGAGAUAAGAGAUACGUAGCGUAGUUGCUUUGGGCCUGGGGCCAUUUGAGGUCUUCAAGGUCACACAAUGUCACAAUGUCAGCGGUUGUAAGAACUAG